UAAAUAAAAGCCCACAUUUGCCCCUUGAUCCGCUACUCUGUCACAUUUUUCACAGGUCCUUGUAUUUGAAUUCUCAAAUCCAUAAAUCAUAAUUAUCAUUAUUCAUUAUUCGUAUCAACUUGAUCAUAACUCCAACUCAAGAUAUACUGGAUGGGGUCUAAUGACGGGGUUCGGUUCGAGGAUCAAACUGCUGUUACUGAGAGAAAUGAUGUGCAAGAAUCACUAGUGGAAAUCAAGAAAGAGGUGGAGGGUAAAAAAAAUUCUGGUGAAGAAGGAUAUUCGGAGAAUGUGAAAAAGCCUAAGAACAGAAAGAUGUCCAAGGAUGAUACUGAAGUGAAAGGAUCAUCUGUGUCGACCAACAAGGCAAGAGCAAGACUCACACAGAGUCGAUCCUUCACUGCGAAUGGACUUAGUAAACAAGGCAUGAGUACUAGCAUUGACGCGAAACCUCUGAGAUCCAAUGCCAGGAAAUCUCAAACAAAUGGGCUAAAAGUUGAGGCUACUUCAGUUACUCGUGUGAAUUCUGCAAGCAGGCGAGCAUCCACGGGCACAAAUGGUGGUGGGGAUUCUGUUAGGCGGAGUACUUUAGCGUCCUUGCCCAAUUCCCGAAAGAAUGUCUCUACAAAUGGAACUCCAAAAUGCCCUCCAUCUGAAGGCUCCCUCCCUGCUGAUCAACAACCAAGACCUACUAAAACUGUUGUUCUGUCUACUGAGGAUGAUGAAUCCCGUUCCACGACUUCAUCGAUUCUGACUCCUCGCGGAACUAGCAGGAGCAGUGCAUCUGGAUUCUGCUUCCGUUUGGAUGAGCGUGCUGAAAAGCGAAGAGAGUUUUAUUCAAAGAUUGAAGAGAAGAUACAUGCAAAGGAAGUGGAAAAGAGCACCUUGCAAGAAAAAUCCAAGGAGAGCCAGGAGGCAGAAAUCAAAAAAUUCAGGAAGGGCUUGACGUUUAAAGCGACUCCUAUGCCAAGUUUCUAUAAAGAACCUCCUCCCAAAGUUGAACUGAAGAAGACGCCUACAACACGGCCUAUAUCUCCAAAGCUUGGGAGGAACAAAAGCAUCAAUGGUCGACUAACCAACUCCGUCGAGCUAAGUGGUUCAAGCCUUAGUCACAGAGAACAGGACAGGUCACCGAAAAUUAGCCAGGCAAAAAAAGAUGUCUCUGUAACAAAAAAAGUGCUUAGAAAAUCCCUGUCUAGUCUUCCGGUUUCUAAAACUGGGGGAAAGCCUGAAAAAUUCAGACAGAAGCCUACAGAAGACGGGAAUGAGAAGGAUCAGGCAGAAGAUCUCGAAAAGAAGUCUGGCCAGGACAGUGACUCUUGUGUGAAGCCCUCUAAUCCAGAGAUGAUUCCGCAUGCAGAAAUAACAGUUGAUUGUUAAGAAAACAUGGUUUGUAUAUCAAAACUUGUACCUUGUAGUUUUUUCAGAAGUUUAUGUCCAGUUCUUUGUGCAUAUUUCUGUUGACAAAUUGUUUGUGAAAGCUAUGUGAUCAUGUCUGCACAGUUCUUGUGAAAUAUUGCACGUGUUCUUUACUA